AAAGAAGGAGAAUAGAGGAGCUGAAUGAGAAGUUAGUGAAAGAUGAAAGAUGAGAAUUUAGAUGUGGCAGCCAGCAGGUUUGCUUUGGGAGUAUGGUUGUGGAUGGAGGGAGCGGGGAACGCAGUGACUGGCAGGGAAGAUGGGACCAUGUCAAAAAGUUCUUAGAGAGAGCUGGACCCUUCACUCAUCCGGAUUUUGAACCCAGCACUGAGUCUCUCCAGUUUUUACUGGACACAUGCAAAAUUCUGGUUAUUGGAGCUGGUGGACUUGGUUGUGAGCUGCUCAAAGAUCUGGCCUUGUCAGGUUUUCGGCACAUUCACGUGGUGGACAUGGACACCAUUGAUGUUUCUAACCUCAACAGACAGUUUCUCUUCAGACCAAAAGAUGUUGGCCGACCGAAGGCAGAGGUUGCAGCAGACUUUGUAAAUAGCAGGGUCCCAGGCUGCGGUGUUGUCCCACAUUUUAAGAAGAUCCAGGACUUGGAUGAGACAUUUUACAGGCAAUUUCACAUAGUAGUCUGUGGCCUAGACUCUGUUGUUGCCAGAAGAUGGAUGAACGGCAUGCUGUUAUCGCUGCUGAUUUAUGAAGACGGUGUCCUAGAUCCCAGUUCCAUUAUUCCAUUAAUAGAUGGAGGCACAGAGGGCUUCAAGGGCAAUGCCCGGGUGAUUCUUCCAGGCAUGACAGCUUGCAUCGAUUGCACCCUGGAGCUCUACCCUCCACAGAUCAACUUUCCGAUGUGCACUAUAGCCUCUAUGCCACGGUUACCAGAACAUUGUGUUGAAUAUGUCCGCAUGCUGCUUUGGCCCAAAGAAAAGCCUUUUGGAGAUGAUGUAGCCCUAGAUGGAGACGACCCAAAGCACAUCCAAUGGGUGUACCAGAAAUCUCUGGAAAGAGCAGCAGAGUUCAGCAUCACUGGGGUGACUUACAGACUCACCCAGGGAGUCGUGAAGAGAAUAAUUCCUGCUGUGGCUUCUACAAAUGCUGUUAUUGCUGCUGCUUGUGCCACUGAGGUUUUCAAAAUUGCCUCAAGUGCGUACGUACCCUUGAACAACUACCUGGUGUUUAAUGAUGUGGAUGGCCUGUACACGUACACCUUUGAAGCUGAGAGAAAGGAGAACUGUUCUGCCUGCAGUCAGGUGCCACAGGACCUGCAGUUCCCACCUUCAGCGAAACUCCAGGAGGUUCUGGACUACUUAACUGAAAACGCCUCCCUCCAAAUGAAGUCUCCUGCCAUCACUACAACUCUGGAUGGAAAAAACAAAACUCUGUAUUUACAGACUGUAGCCUCUAUUGAAGAGAGAACACGACCAAAUCUAAGCAAAACACUGAAAGAGCUUGGACUAGUGGAUGGACAGGAGCUGGCCGUGGCUGAUAUCACCACUCCUCAGACUGUGCUCUUCAAGCUCAACUUCAUCUCAUAGGACAAAUGCUUCAUUCUUAUGGACAGUUAUUGCAGUCGUCAUCAAAAUGAAGCCGUUUUGGAAUUGUAGUCUAUAAACUCAACAUAUUUAUAUCAGCAGAGGCAUCACAUGCACAUUCUCAGCUGGAAUAUCUGCAGUUUGCAUUGAGUUUUUCAGGAGACAUUUUGUUUCGUCGUCUUGCACUGCUAUAGUCACAGGAGUCAUUUGGUGGAUUUCUUUUUUAUGCAAACUGUCUAUUUAUUUAGUUGUGCAUUCAAAUAUCUUGUUCAAUGUCUGUGUUUUGAAUUAAAAUUGGAAAUCAUAUUUUAAACAA